AUGUCCAACUCGACCGCGUCCAAUUCCACCUCGGUUGUCCCCAACCCCGUCUUCCAGAACGCGUACUACAUUGGCAACAAUAUCAACGGCAUCUUGUACGGAGUAGAGCUCGUCCUAUACUUUAUCAGCAUCCGGCAGCUGGUCGAGUCGUACAAGGCAACGAAGAAACGAGUUGAUAUCUUCUACAUGUGGUUCAGCACUGGGCUGCUGCUACUCGUUACAAUCUUCGUAGCCGUCCAAGCAGUCUUCGGCGAGGAGAUGUGGAUUGUGAACGCAGGCUUUCCAGGCGGUGAUGCCGCGUAUCUGAAGAUGUACGCUUCUGUCUGGUAUCAAACGAUGGGCACAGCUUCUACCGUCAUUCUCAACCUGCUGACCGAUGGACUCAUGAUUUGGCGUUGUUUCGUCAUCUGGAAUGAUGCCCGCAUUGUUGCUUUCCCCUGCCUUUUAUAUCUUGCUACACUUGCUAUCGGUACUACACAGCUAUAUUAUUCGGGCUUACCCAGCGGGAACUUCUUCGCGGGCCUCGCAGCAGACCUUGGUCUGGCGUACUACACGUGUUCCAUUGGACUCAAUGUCCUUGUUACAUGUUUCAUCUGCGGGCGCAUUCUCGCCUUCGCAAGACGCACCAAGAAGACCCUUGGCCGCGAAGCCAUGCGCACAUAUACUAGCACCGUCUCCAUCAUCAUCGAAUCUGCGCUGCCGUACAGUCUGUCCGGUAUCGCCUUUCUUAUAACCUAUGGGCUCAAUAGCGACAUUUCCAUCUUGUUCCUCUCCUUCUACAUUCUUUUCACGUGUCUCUCCUCUCAACUUAUCAUUCUUCGGGUCACUUUGGGACGGGCAUGGACUAGGGAAAGGGCUUCGCAGUCAGUGAGUACAUUAUCGUUCACGUUUCGCCCGACACUCUCUGUGUACACUGGCAACACCGACGCCACCGCUAUCAACCUGCGCACUAUGGCGAAGUCAAACGGCUCGGCAGUGGAAGUGGGGAAGGUGUAG